GAAACUGGAUGAGCAGGAAGCCGGUGGCUGGCCCUGUCAUCCGACAUAGAAACACGAUGUAACUUGCCGGACUGAAGCGGAUUAGAACCAACAGGAAGAAUUUUCGAUUUAUUGUGGGGAAGAUAAAGAGCACCAAAUCGUAUUAAAAGAGGGAGGUGAUAGUUACGCAAACUAUCGUACCUUCCGGCCCCGUCGGAAAAGGAGACUUAAUUGGAAAGUUUGAUAAAUUCGGUGUACAACGAAAGAUUUUAAGAGGGUCGAUGCCGUCGCCCCUUAAGAAAGAAAUACGGCCAGAGAGUUUGGGGAUCCCGCUUUUGUAUCAUUCAACGUGGACAUCAGCUAGUUUCGGGGCCAGGGGACCUCAGCUGCGACAGUAGAUAUGUCAGUCCGGGAAAACGGAAGCUGCAGACGUACGCCCCCGAGCAUUGCCCACCUGCCCCGGAAGUACUGGUGCGUUGGAACCUUACCUUCCGGGGCAAAUUGUCUGUCGUUGCAGCAGCUGUGAGAAGGGGAAGCCAUUUUCUGUUUCUAGGAAGAGUUAGGACUAAGGGGAGAGGGGAAAAGAAAAGGAAAGAAGGGCUCAGCACCUCCCCGCCGAGCCGUGGACAGAGGGGCACUUUCGGCAGGCUGGCGAGGUAGCUGAGAGCCCGGAGGAGAUGUUUUCCCUGUCGAGUACGGUGCAGCCCCAGGUUACAGUUCCUCUGAGUCACCUCAUCAAUGCCUUCCAUUCACCAAAAAGCACAUCUGUUUCUGUCAGUGCGUCGGCUUCGCAAAACCCCCAUCGAGAUGUAGUUCCUGAGCAUGAGGCUGCUGGCAGUGAGCCUGUACUUAAUUUAAGAGACCUUGGAUUAUCCGAAUUAAAACUUGGACAGAUUGAUCAACUAGUAGACAGUCUACUUCCUGGAUUUUGUAAAGGCAAGCGUGUUUCUUCCCAUUGGCAUACAUCUCAUGUCUCUGCACAGUCCUUCUUUGAAAAUAAAUAUGGUUACUUAGAUAUGUUUAGUACUUUACGUUCCUCUUGCUUAUACAGACAACAUUCAAGAACUCUUAAAAGUAUUUGUUCAGAUCUUCAGUGCUGGCCAGUUUUCAUACAGUCUCGGGGUUUUAAAACUUUGAAAUCAAGAACUCGACGUUUACAGUCCACUUCUGAACGAUUGGCAGAGACACAGCAUAUAGCACCAUCAUUUGUGAAGGGGUUCCUGUUGCGGGACAGGGGAUCAGAUGUUGAGAGUUUGGACAAACUCAUGAAAACCAAAAAUAUACCUGAAGCUCACCAAGAUGCAUUUAAAACUGGUUUUGCAGAGGGUUUUCUGAAAGCUCAAGCCCUAACGCAAAAAACCAAUGAUUCUCUGAGACGAACUCGUCUGAUUCUCUUCGUUCUGCUGCUGUUUGGCAUUUAUGGACUCUUAAAAAAUCCAUUUUUAUCUGUCCGCUUCCGGACAACAACGGGGCUUGACUCUGCAGUAGAUCCCGUCCAGAUGAAAAAUGUCACCUUUGAACAUGUUAAAGGAGUGGAGGAAGCUAAACAGGAAUUACAGGAGGUUGUUGAAUUCUUGAAAAAUCCACAAAAAUUUACUGUGCUUGGAGGUAAACUUCCAAAAGGAAUACUUUUAGUUGGACCACCAGGGACAGGAAAGACACUUCUUGCUCGAGCUGUGGCUGGAGAAGCUGAUGUUCCUUUUUAUUAUGCUUCUGGAUCAGAAUUUGAUGAAAUGUUUGUGGGUGUGGGAGCCAGCCGUAUCAGAAAUCUAUUUAGGGAAGCAAAAGCAAAUGCUCCCUGUGUUAUAUUUAUUGAUGAAUUAGAUUCUGUUGGUGGGAAACGAAUUGAGUCUCCAAUGCAUCCAUAUUCAAGGCAGACUAUAAAUCAGCUUCUUGCUGAAAUGGAUGGCUUUAAACCCAAUGAAGGAGUUAUCAUAAUAGGAGCCACAAACUUCCCAGAGGCAUUAGAUAAUGCCUUAAUACGUCCUGGUCGUUUUGACAUGCAAGUUACAGUUCCAAGACCAGAUGUAAAAGGUCGAACAGAAAUUCUGAAAUGGUAUCUCAAUAAAAUAAAGUUUGAUCAGUCUGUGGAUCCAGAAAUUAUAGCUCGAGGUACUGUUGGCUUUUCUGGAGCAGAGUUGGAGAAUCUUGUGAACCAGGCUGCAUUAAAGGCAGCUGUUGAUGGAAAAGAAAUGGUUACCAUGAAGGAAUUAGAGUUUUCCAAAGAUAAAAUUCUAAUGGGGCCUGAACGUAGAAGUGUGGAAAUUGACAAUAAAAACAAAACCAUCACAGCAUAUCAUGAAUCCGGUCAUGCUAUUAUUGCAUAUUACACCAAGGACGCAAUGCCUAUCAACAAAGCUACAAUCAUGCCAAGAGGGCCAACACUUGGACAUGUGUCCCUCUUGCCUGAGAAUGACAGAUGGAAUGAAACCAGAGCUCAGCUGCUUGCGCAGAUGGAUGUUAGUAUGGGAGGAAGAGUGGCUGAGGAGCUUAUAUUUGGAACUGACCAUAUCACAACAGGUGCUUCCAGUGAUUUUGAUAAUGCAACCAAAAUUGCAAAGCGGAUGGUUACCAAAUUUGGAAUGAGUGAAAAGCUUGGAGUUAUGACCUACAGUGAUACUGGGAAACUGAGUCCAGAAACUCAAUCUGCUAUUGAACAAGAAAUUAGAAUCCUUCUAAGGGACUCAUAUGAACGAGCGAAACAUAUCUUGAAGACUCAUGCAAAAGAGCAUAAGAAUCUAGCAGAAGCUUUACUAACCUAUGAGACUUUGGAUGCCAAAGAGAUUCAAAUUGUUCUUGAGGGAAAGAAAUUGGAAGUGAGAUGAGAACUCUUAACAUGGAUGCAUUGCCGGUUUUGCUGCAGGAAUAUAGAAGUAGCAUUUCCGUAGUCUCCUUUUGCGAUGCUUUUCUCCCAUUCUUGCCUUGGUAUCACUCAAGAAUGUGAAACACUUUGUCUCUCUUUUGUCACAUUUAAUCUAAUUCUGUUUAUUUUCAUGAUGACACCUAUGGUAAAUUAUCAACCUAGCAAAUAUGUUAAAGAAAAUAAAGAACUACUAGGAUUGGAAACAGCUUGUUUGAAAAAUGUUAAUCAGUUAUUCACUUGAAAAUAAGUAAUGAUUUUAUGGUUGGUUCCUCUACUAGAUGUGAAUAAAAAUUGUGCCUUUA